GGGGGCCGCGCGCCCUGUGCACCGGCACUGCAGCUCUGCGUCCCGGGAACGAGGUCCCUGCUGGUGGCUCUGCGCCUGCUGCGUCCGAUCCGCGAGACUAUAAACAGCGCAGCAGUCACCGGACGUCCACUGGAGCAAGCAGUAGCAUGCAGCCGCCGCCAAGCCUGGGCGGACGCGCCCUGGUGGCGCUGGUUCUUGCCUGUGCGGUGAUGGGCGUCUGGGGAAAGGAGAAAGGACUCCCGCCUGCCCAAGCCACUCCGUCGUCUCUGAGUACCAAAGAGAUAAUGACGGGACCCGUUAACACCUCCUGGCUGAGUGGUUCCAACUUCACUCUGCCAAGGUCGUCAGCAUCUGCGGAGGACCCGAAAGGAGGGAAGAUGGCUGAAGGCCGGCCACGAGCCUCCUCUCCUCCCCAGUGCCAAGGAAACAUCGAGAUCAAGGAGACUUUCAAAUACAUCAACACGGUUGUGGCCUGCCUAGUGUUCGUGCUGGGCAUCAUUGGGAACUCCACGCUGCUGAGAAUCAUCUACAAGAACAAGUGCAUGCGAAAUGGCCCCAAUAUCUUGAUCGCCAGCCUGGCUCUGGGAGACCUGCUGCAUAUCAUCAUUGACAUCCCCAUCAAUGUCUACAAGCUGCUCGCAGAAGACUGGCCAUUUGGAGUUGAGAUGUGUAAGCUGGUGCCUUUCAUACAGAAAGCCUCCGUGGGGAUCACUGUGCUGAGUCUAUGUGCUCUGAGUAUUGACAGAUAUCGAGCUGUUGCUUCUUGGAGUCGGAUUAAAGGAAUUGGGGUUCCAAAGUGGACAGCAGUAGAAAUUGUUUUAAUUUGGGUGAUCUCUGUGGUCCUGGCUGUCCCUGAAGCCUUAGCUUUUGAUAUGAUUUCAAUGGACUACAAAGGAAAGUCUUUACGAAUUUGCUUGCUUCAUCCAGUUCAAAAAACAGCCUUUAUGCAGUUCUACAAGAAAGCUAAAGAUUGGUGGCUGUUCGGGUUCUACUUCUGCUCGCCCCUGGUCAUCACUGCCGUUUUUUAUACCCUGAUGACCUGUGAAAUGUUGAGAAAGAAGAGCGGCAUGCAGAUUGCUUUAAAUGACCACUUAAAGCAAAGACGAGAAGUGGCCAAAACAGUGUUUUGUCUGGUCCUUGUGUUCGCCCUGUGUUGGCUUCCCCUGCACCUCAGCAGGAUUUUGAAACUCACACUUUAUGAUCAGAACGAUCCCAACCGAUGUGAACUUUUGAGCUUUUUGUUGGUAUUGGACUACAUUGGCAUCAACAUGUCCUCCUUGAAUUCCUGCAUAAAUCCAAUCGCUCUAUAUUUGGUGAGCAAAAGAUUCAAAAACUGCUUUAAGUCAUGCCUAUGCUGCUGGUGCCAGUCAUUUGAAGAAAAACAGUCCUUGGAGGAAAAGCAGUCAUGCUUAAAGUUCAAACCUAAUGAUCAGGGAUAUGACAACUUCCGUUCCAGUAAUAAAUCCAUCAGGCCACAUGUUGAAAAUAAGCUAGGAAUGUUGUUUUCUGCCAGAAUCCAAUGUAACCGUACAAUAAACUGAAAUGCAGUAAUGUGGUCUAAAAGCAAGGGCAAUAAUUAAUUCACAUGCCACAUGGAUUCUGUUUACGAGUCUCCCACAGUUCUUGUUUAUUAAUUUCUUCCCAUCUUUUCAGACGCCUGUCAUUGUAAAAGAUAUUUCAGACUUUCAAUUUUAAGUUAACUUUGGGUCACUAACAUUUUCAUAGUUUGUGCAUAUAUUCUUAUUCCUACUGAGUUUUAGGUCAUUUGUACCACCAUGUACUGAGUUUUUACAUCCUAAUAUCCUCCUCAUUUAUAUCCCAUUACUCUUUCCUGCUCCAUGUCAGAAUCAUGAGCUGUAAUUGCCUUGCCAGAUUUUUAAACUGCAAAGAGUAUUCCUGCACCAUAUCUGAUCAGAGCACAUUGUAUGAAUGUAUAAAAACGUCGCAAUGACGCCCAUUAUUUUGAAUAAUUCAUAUGUGCUUAUGAAAUGCUAAAAAGGUUUGAUUCAGAAUUUUAACAUGUGGCUAAAGGGUGGUAAGAAACAAACAUGAUUUCUUUGCAUAAUUAAAACCAAGAUGAAAGGUGCUAUCGUCUAACUUUAAAACACAUUUUUCAGUAUUUAGAAUUGUUUAGUAUAGCAACAAAUAAAAAUUGUAACAAGAAUGUCACAGCUCAAAAGAUUUAUAAGUGAUCUUAACCUAUUUUCUUCUUUAUUAUCCAUUGCUAAAAUGGGCAUAUGCUCAAACACAUUUCAGUAUUGACAGCUCACAUAUGGCCAAAGGAAUACCAUUUAUAGUAAAACAUGAGUCUGUGUAGCUAACUUUAAAAAAACUGUGAUAUAACCAUGUAAAAUAAUUAUAUAUUUUGUCUUUGUGUGGUCACUUAAAGUGGCAGCUACUGUGGUUGCUGAUUUUUUAUGUAAACCAGUAAAAAUUUAAAUCGUUUUCAAAAAUUCAGCUUACUUUUCACUGUGCAAACACUAAUUCAUUACUUACCAACUGAUUAAGUAUUUAAAGGAAAUACAGAUGCUAUAAGUGGACAUUAUUUAUGUUAAAUGUAUAAUUAUCAAGGAAAUAUGAAAGUUGUUGAAUUACAAUGCCACGCUUCUGGUGGAGGUUAUGUUUCAUUAUGUGAGCAGCCAGAUACACACAGUGCUGUACUUUCCAACGUUGAGUAACUGGCUGGUUGUUCCCAACAGCCUCUAUGUCUUUCUUUCUCUGGUUGCCUGCAUUUGGAGCCUUUCACUCUUGAAUCAUUAUUGUACCAUAUCAAAGAUAGAAGGUUGAAAUGAGAUUUGGGACUUCCUCAUUUCAUUUCACAAGCUGCUUCUUAGUGUUUACUAUGUGCAAAACAGAAUGAAAUUAUUAUAGGUUGGUAAACUGGAGGUGUGGCUCAAGUGGUAGAGUGCUUUCCUAGUAAGCAUGUGGGCCUAAGUUUAAACCUUGGUACCUCCAAAAAAAAAAAAAAA